AAGGUCUCCGAAUUGACUGUCGAGGCGACAACAUUAUUCCCCUCAUUACAUUUUUCUCCUCUACUUACCGGCAAGAUGUCCGCCAUCGAUAUCAAGCCAGCCGGGUGGAAGUUGGUCGAGGUCGGCCGAGUGGUCACCCUCCGCUCAGGGCCGUUCGAGGGCAAGCUGGCCACCGUGGUUGAGAUAAUAGAUCCCGGCAGAAUCUUGGUCGACGGCCCCUCGACGAAAGACGAUGCGGUUGUCCCCCGACAGGCCAUCGCCACCAGCACCGUCUCCCUCACACCCUGGGUCAUCCCCGGUCUACCAAAAGCCGCCGGCACUGGUGCCGUGAAGAAGAAGUGGGAGAGCUACGAGGUCGACAAGAAGUGGGCCGAGUCGUCGUGGGCGAAGAAGAGGGAACAGCAGGACAGGAGGCGGAACCUGACCGACUUUGAGCGAUUCAAGGUGAUGAGGUUGAAGAAGCAGGCACGAUUUGAGGUUCUGAAAGCACAGGCAAAGGUUCGGGCAGCGGCAAAGGCAUAAAUUCCGGCACGGAUACGGCGUCACAAUCCAAACUCACAAAUUUCCCAAGAUGAGCAGAGAUAUGCGCGCUUCAGCAUGUCGAGGGUGGGCACCACUGUCGGUUCGAUUGACGAAAUGAAAAAAACAAUUCCGCGGCUGUGGCUUUUUCUUUACUCUCCGCCCGCGUGGGAAUUUCUGCAGAGCAUGAUUUUCAAUCAAUUCAUGAAAUGCGAUCAACACAUUCAGACCAAAAAUCAAUGUGGGAUCUGCACCGAGUGAGGCGUUGUCCGGCCUUUCCACGAUAGCGUCUUGCACCGAUACCUGUCCGCUCCGUAACGAGCAGGAUGUAUCUGAGAAUCUUAGACUGCGAGGCUCUGCAUGUUCAUCUGAAGCGCACUUUUCCAACGCGGACCGUGAUUCUACUGCUUUGUCUCGGUCACCCGAUGACACGGCGCACAACCUCUGCACAACAUCCUCGACUAUUAGCCUGGGUAUCGUGUAUCUCUUGACGCCAUUGUUUUCUCAAUGCUCAAGAUCGAUAUACAUCCCAGCAAGUUGUGCCGAACCUCCCCUGCAACCCAACACCUUCCGUCCCCUAUCCCUUCUGUGACCUUUCGAGGUUUGGACGGACUGGUUCCGUCUUGCGCCAAACUCAUAGGAAAACUGUCCCUACCAACUCCCGGAAUUUGCACACGAGCUCUUCAUCCCCGACGCCACGUGUUCCGCGCCAAAAUAAAGGGGCAGGUUAU